AUUAUUUAGUACCUUAUUAUAUUUCUCCAUUAAAACUUAAAAUGCAUAGACGUUACGCCAAAAUUUUUAAAUAGAUCGGGACUUAUGUUCCGCUUAAGAAUUAUAAUAUUACUACAUAAAAUCAAUACGCGAUAAACAUUUUAUAUAUUAUUUGCUAUAAAUAGUAAUUCGUUACUGUAAAGGAUAUAUUGAAUUUAAGAACAUAAAUGCAAUUAUAAAUAUUAAAAUGGCUGUGGCACCAAAACAGGAAUAUUUACAGACUUUACUUGAAACAUUUAAAUGCUUCAUUUGUAUGGAAAAAAUACAGGAUGCACACUUAUGUCCUCAUUGUUCUAAAUUGUGCUGUUAUUCUUGUAUGCGCCGUUGGCUUACUGAGCAAAGAUCUCAGUGCCCCCACUGUAGGGCUACACUACAUUUACAUGAAAUUGUUAACUGCAGAUGGGUUGAAGAUGUAUCUGAACAACUUGAUUGCUUGAAUAAUGCUGUAGAUUCAAGAAAUAUUCAACCAUGCUUAGAACAAAGCUGUCAAUCACAUGAUGAACCUUUAACAGUAUUUUGUAUAUCUUGCAAUGUAACUAUUUGCCAUCGAUGUGCUCUGUUUGAUAACUCAGCUCAUAUUGGCCAUUCAUUCCAACCUAUUGAGGAAGUUUACAAUGAAACAAUAGUAAAGCUUGAAGAAAACUGUGAUAAUUUAAAAUCAAAACAAGAUUUAAUUAAAAAAGACAUAAAAGAAGUUGAUAAAAAUAUUAAAGAUGUACAUCAAGCUAAAGAGCUUAAAGUGCGUGAAAUACGCACUGCAGUUGAAUGUAUGAUGAUAGAUUUGGAAAAAGAUCUCGAUACUAAACUUUCUACUCUAGUAAGUCAAAAAAAUCAUCUAGUCCAUGAAUCUAAACAAAUAGAAGAAUUUUUGCAUGAUUGCAAUAUGGAGAUAUCUCGAAUGACUAUGUCUCAACUAGUUAGUAAUGCUUCAAACUUCAUGAGAACCAUUAAUAUUAUGCAAAAAAAACAGACACCUAUACUAAUGUCCGUAAAUCCUGAUUUCCAUAGUGUUGUAACACCUAAAUUUGAAGGUGGUAAUUUAGUUAUUAAAUCAUUUUCUGAAAAAAUGUUUCAAUCUGAGCCAAUUUAUUCAUUACCAAUUGGCAGUAAUGGUGUUAGUUGGAGACUCAAAGUUUAUCCAAAUGGAAAUGGUAUAGUAAGAGACCGAUAUCUAUCUGUAUUUUUAGAGUUAACUUCUGGUCCACCUGGUGUGUCAAGAUAUGAGUAUCGUAUUGAAAUGAUAAAUCAGUUAAAUAAUAAUGAUGCAUCAAAAAACGUACUUCGAGAAUUUACUUCUGAUUUUGAAAUCGGUGAAUGCUGGGGUUACAACAGAUUUUUUAGACUUGACUUAUUGGAAAAUGAAGGCUUUUUAAUACAAAACACAUUGAUUUUGAAAUUUAGUGUUCGCCCUCCUACAUAUUAUCAAAAAUGUAGAGAACAACAAUGGUAUUUAUCAAGACUAGAACUUGAAAACUCUGUACUGUCACAAAAUUUUGAAGAUUUAAAGCAGAAAAUUCCAGCCAAAGUUAAACCAAUUAGUAAUGAAAUUCCAAGUCCCAAAAAAAAACUAAAAAUUAAAAUUCAAUCACUUCUUGAUGAAUUUGAAUGUGUGGAAGCCACUAGUAGUGCUAACAAAUGUCAAAAAAAAUAUUUUGAAAGUGAUGAAAUUGUAAAGGAUCUUACACCUUCCAAUAAUUUAGUUCAUCCUCCUAUUAACGUUCAAACAUUAUUUGAUGGUGAAACUUCAAAUCGUUUUCAAGGAGAAACUGCUCAACUGAUGUUUGAACGACUAAGUAGACUUUUUCAAGAAACAGAAGUUCCUGAUAGAACUAUUGAUAUUGGAAGUUUCAGGGAAAAAUUAAUAGAUAAUUCAGAAAAUCCGAGUCAUCCUGAUUUAAAUUCAGAAAAUUGUUCAUUAGUAUUAAAAGAAAAUAAUACAGACUCUUCCAAAAAAUCAAGUACAGACGAAAAUGUACAAGUAGUGAAUAAAAUACAAUCAGAAAUAACUGAAGCAAGGUUUCGUUUAACAAAGUUAGAAAACGCUAUGCGUAGUACACAUUCAGAAUGUUUUUCAAAACCAAGCAGUUCAAAUCACUUAACUUUAUCAGUAAAUGAUGUUAAUUUACAGACUUCAAAUGAGGACAAUAAUUUAAAUACAUCUAGUCAUUCUAUUAAGAAAUUAGUAGAACUAGAUGAAACAGAUAUGUUAGAUUCGUCAGAAGACAGUUAUAUUGCGAAUCUUACUGAAAAUCUUGAUGGAAUACUUAGUUCAGUAUUAACUGAAGAUGUUUAUAGAGAAUGGGACUUUAUGGAAAGCUCAUCAAGUGACAGUGAACAAAGUAAUACUAAUGAACCACUAUGCCCUGAUCAUUUAGGUCGAAAUGAAUAAUUUUUUUUAAAUUAAUUUCUAUACACUUUUAAUUAAUUUAUAUCCAACUUAUUUGUUUGAAAUAAUUUACACACAUAUUUAAAUUAUAAUACAAAUUUUUUUUUUUUUUUUUUAUAAAAAAUAUAUUGAUAUAACUGUUUUAGAAGACAUAUCAUAAUAGUUACAAUGUUUAAAAUAUAUAUGACUAUCCAAAAAUUAUACAUUUUAAAGUAAAAGUUAUCAAUAAAAUUUUUGUGUUUAUUAAACACAUUUUAUUUUAAAAUAUCUUUAAGUAAUUAAAUUUUAGAUUAAAUAAUUUAUACAUGAUAAAAUGGUGCAUGAGUAUAUAUUGUGUACUAGAGUCACUAUCUAUUUAAAUAAAAAGAUAUAAUUAUUAUUAUUAUUCAAAAAUGAUCAAUCAAUUCCAGUUGCCUAUGUAGGAUAUUUAAAAAAAAAAAAAUUGUAUAGAACUAAUUUUAACAAGGAUUUUUUAAUAUCAAUGUGGUACAUAAUCAUAUUUUUAUCAGAUAGCUAAUAAAAUUUUUAUUAUGUAUGCACAUACACUCAUACUUAUUUGUAAACUUAGCUAUUAUGUCAAACACCAUUUUGAAUAAAAAUAUCAUUCCUACUUUGUAUUUAUAUAUUUUAAAUUUGGAAGCUUAAUUAUUUAUUAUUAUAUUGUUAUUAUUUUAUUUAUUAAUAAGUCACUUCAUUCUAUUUAAGUUAUUUAUUUUUAAUUAAAUGAUUAUCAAUUUUGUUAUUUUUAUUAAUUUAUACUAGCAACAUUUUUUUUAAUAAAUAAAAUAAAUUUUAUGUUCCUUAAAAAUGUCAAAUUUAAUAAAAUGUUUUGAUUUAAAUUUAAGUUAAAUAAUAAAUUUACUUCUACUUUCAUUAAUUAUCGUUAUAGAUAAUGAUAGAACAUUGUGAACGUUUAUCCAUUUAGUCAAUUUUUUAAAACCAAACUGUUUUGUGUAUUUAUAGUCACCAACUUCAACUUAGCCGUUUUCGUGUAUGAUACAUUUGGUGCGUUCGAAAUGAAAGCAGAAAAUUUCUUUUCUUUUGUGUAUUUUAUCAAUUGUAGGGCGUAACCUUUUCUUCUUUAUUUUGGAUAUGUGUAAAUAUAAUUCAGUAUAAGUGAAGUUGUAAACUCUAGUAAUGAAUCGAAAUCUUGUUUAAUCAAUAGAAUAUAACUUGUUACUUAACCGUAAUCUUUCACGAUAAAUACCGAUUGCUAUGCCGCUCUUUCUUCCAUU